UUUCAUUUUUGGAAAUUUAAAUUUAAGCCUAGGGACUUUUAAGUUUUUGUUUUGAUCGUUCUGUCAAAUGAGGAGUUUGACAGUUGUCAAAGCUACAAAAAUGAUGAAUUUUGUUAAAUAAGAGCGAAAAACAUUAUAAAAUGGCUUUUUUAGAGUGGCGCAAAUUUCAUUUCUUUGACCUGAAAAAAGACGUCGAUGAGGGGAAAAUAGCCGAACUUUUCAAAGAAUCAAAAGUCACAGUAACAUGUAGUGGUAACAAUCACAUUGUUUUGGGCGACUCAAAUGGCCAAAUUUUCCUAUUAUCUCGCUCUUGGCACGUUAGAAUUUUCCGGGCUUAUGAACUGACAGUAGAACUCGCUCACCAAUUGAGAAACUCGCCUCUUUUAGUCACAAUUGGGCAAGAUGAAACUGGAAUUAAUCCCUUGAUUAAAGUCUGGGACACGAGCAGAUUUGAUAAAAAUGGAAUCCCGUUUUGUUGUCGAAUUUCGCGAACAAUUCCUGGAAACCGCCCCGUGCAUGCAUCAUGUCUCUGUGUGCACGAGGGGGGCCAGUUAAUGGCAGUUGGGUUUGUUGAUGGCUCUUUAGUCUUGUAUAGGGGUGAUAUAACACGUGACCGGAGCUCUAAACAAAAACUCCUACGUGACGCAAGCUCUACAGUAACAGGCCUUGCAUUUAAAACGACUUCAACCAACAUUUUUCUAUUCCUGGCUACUGAUAGCUCUGUUAUGGUUUAUAACAUUACUCAUAAAGACAAAGAAGUGAAGUUUCAUUUGGAUAACAUUGGCUGUGCGAAAAAAUGCAGCGUUUUGGCUGAAUCGAUGAUUGAAAGUCAUUUCAUGGUGGGCCGAAAUGAUGCCAUUUAUUGUUACACAGCUGACGGCCGAGGCCCUUGCUAUGCCGUUGACGGCGAAAAAAUCAUGUUAGAAUGGUUUCGGAGUUACCUCGUCAUUAUUUCAAAAGCAACCCGACCAAACCUCGCUCUAACAAACGACAAUCAAAGUACCACUAAUCAAGGCGACCUGAUUACAGUUCUAGAUAUUCACAACAAAUUUAUUGUUUUUUCGGCAACUGUUUCGUCAAUUCAGUCCGUUUUAAACGAAUGGGGGGCUUUUUAUAUCCUCGAUAACGACAAUAGACUCUACCAUCUAGACGAGAAAGAUUUGCAAUCGAAAUUGUCUCUUCUAUUCAAGAAAAAUUUAUACGACGUUGCAAUCCGUAUCGCAAAGUCGCAACAGUACGAUUCCGACGGCCUUGUCAAUAUUUUCCGGCAAUACGGCGACCAUUUAUGCGACAAGGGUGAUUACGUUGGGGCUAUUGAACAGUACAUAAAAACGAUUGGGAAAUUAGAACCGAGUUAUGUCAUUCGGAAAUUUCUCGACUCGCAACACAUCGAGAAAUUAACAAUGUAUUUGGAAGCGUUACACAAGCAAGGACAGGCGACUGAAGACCAUACAACUCUCCUUUUAAAUUGUUACACAAAGUUGAACAACACUGUAGGUCAGUCUAACAGUUUGAAAGAGUUUAUUUUGAUGAAAGAGGGAGAUUUGAAUUAUGACGUCGACAUUGCGAUUAAGGUGUGCCGGCAAGGGAGUCCCGCUGAGGCUUUAAUGUUGGCCAAAAAACACGAAAAACACGACUGGUACAUUAAACUACAAAUAGAGGAUCACCAAAGAUACGUCGACGUAUUAGACUACAUUUCGAAUCUCAGUUUCGAAAACGCCGAAUUUUACAUGAAGAAAUACGGCAAUAUUUUGAUUCAAAACGCUCCUUAUGAGAGCACCCAAUUUUUGAAACGAUUAUGUACCAAUUACAAUUCGCACAAUUCCUUGGAUAAUUCACUAGUUGGUAGUUUUGAGAUGUCGCAAAAGUCUGACCCAGAGGACUAUAUUCAUUUGUUUUUAAAUAAUUCAGAACGUUUGGUUGAAUUUUUGGAGUAUUUGAUCGGGGAGGGUUGUAUUUUAAGCACCCCUGUGUAUAAUACGUUACUGGAGCAUUAUUUACACGUUUGGGACAACUUGGAGAACCUCUCCGAUCGCAAUAAAUACGCACAGAAAACACUAAAAUUGUUGCAAAACCCGGAUAUUAAAUAUGAUAAAAGUCAGGCUUUGGUCGUGUGUCACAUGCAUUCGUUCAGUGAAGGCAUCUUGUAUUUGUACGAGGAGCAAAAGUUGUAUCAGCAAAUUUUGAGACAUCACAUUUCCAAAAAUGACUCGAGUUCAAUUCUGGCUUGUUGUCGCAGAUUCGGUCACCAAGAGCCAACUUUGUGGGUGCAAGCCUUAUGGUCGUGUGUGCGAGACGCGAAAAAUCCUCCUAUUGAUUUAUUGAAUGAAAUUUUAACGGUUAUUGCGAAAGAACGAUUGCUUUCGCCCCAAUUGGUGGUGGACGCUUUGGGUACCGGCAGUGCGGAUAUCACGCUCGGGCAUAUCCGGUCGUAUUUAACAAAUGAGUUGCAACAAGAACAAAAGAAAACGAAGGAGAUUUCCGACUUGACUUACAACUACCGCAAGGAUACGGAAAGGUUGAAGGAGCAGUUGGAAAAGUUGAAAAGUGGGACGAUUGUGAUCCAGGGGUCGCGGUGUGCCGCAUGUCACCACCCGUUGGAAUUGCCGACUAUACAUUUUCUGUGUCAGCACAGUUACCACCAGCACUGUUUUCAAAGUUUCUGCGAGGAGGAAAACGAGUGUCCUGCUUGCCAACCCGAGAAUAAGAAUUUGUUAGAUUUAUUGAAAGCUCGUGAGUAUAACAAGGAUCUGCACGAGACAUUUCAUUCCCAGUUGGAGAAGGCUCAUGAUGGGUUUUCGGUUGCGGCGGAGUAUUUCGGUCGUGGUGUUUUUAAUAAAUAUAAAGUCAUCAGGGAUGAGAUACAUGAGACUGUUGUUCCCGAUAAAAUCGAGAAGAGACUUGUUGUUGAGCCUGAGGUAAGGAAUUACGGGUUGGGAGCCGAGGCCAGGUUGAGGCAAGUUGAGAAACAGGCCGGCCAGGUUUUAAUUCCGACAUCUGAAGGGAGGGUUCGAUUGCAGGAGCAUAGGUAUAGUUCGUCCCUAGAGGCGAAUAUUAGUAACUACGUACCAAAGAGUUAUGAAAGGAAGAGGGAGUAUAGUGGGGAUAUUGCGGGCACGAAUCCAUUUGAGAAUGAUUACGAUGAGAGCAAGAAUCCGUUUGCAAGCGAGGAUGAUGAUUAUGAUCAGAAUAAUCCGUUUAGGGACGAUUGUGAUAAGAAUUCAAAUCCGUUUUAUAAAUAGGUUAAGUGGUAUGAUUAUUCUCAAUGUAACUACUAAAUAUGUUAAAUAUUAAUAUAUUGAAACUAAUGAAAAAAGACUAAUUACAUAAUAUUUGACCUAAAUUACGGAUUGCCUGGGAAAGGGUCGGUCCUGUUUUUCCGCAAAACAAAUUGAAUUUUCCGGUCCAUAUCUUCGUUGUAAAUAGCUUUGCACUUUUCAAAAUUGAUGCGUCUACGAAACUAAAGGGACUUAAUCUUAGAAAUGUAAAUUUUGACCAAUUACCUGGAAGGGUUUUUCAAAAAAUCGCGUUCUUCUGUAUUGUUCCAAAAUUCCUUCACGACCUAAUAUUCUAUUUAAAACACGACAGGCAGCUUCAACGUCGUUAUUUUGGACGAAAACAGUCCGUGCUAUGAAAUAAGCGUGUCUCAUCUUGCUUUUGUAAGUUAUUUGACAAGUAAGGUUAUGGAAAUUUAACCUCAAUUUUGUGAAUCAGGGGAAUUUUUACGAAACCCUUUUGCGAUUCCAAUUUAUUAG